AUGGUCGUCGAUAAAGGCGACCUUGCCGUUUCUCUUGGCGACUGGGAAAUUGGGAAAGCUCUCGAAAGCUCCUACCUACGCCCGGAUAACGUGCUCCCAGCAAAGACAGCGCCGACUACCCCAACCACACGGUCAACGCGCUCAACCGCCGCCUCAAACAACGAUUCUGUCAUCUGUGAAAAGUUCAACUCUUUUGCUGGCUGUCACUGGCGAACAUGUCACCGUAGGCACUUUGAGAUCUUUGACUCUUCUCUCCCGCCCCUGCGUGAUUCUGCUUCCCCUUUUAUCAGUUCAGUGUGGGAAACUCUCCUUGAACGAUAUCCUGGCGAUCUAGGGACUAUUUGUAGCGGUAUUCUCACAUUCGGCUGCCGCCUUGGUUGUACGGGCCAGCCGACAGACCGCCGAACAUCUAAUCACCAUAUUGAGGAACCCUCUAUUAUCACCCAAAAGCUCUCCGAUGACCUGUCAAAUCGUCGAGUGCAAGUUUGCACUGGUCCCGCUGUUGUGUCCCCACUAGGGCUCGUACCUAAACAAGACGGAAGCUGGCGCCGUAUCCAUGACCUUUCCUACCCGCCAGGGUGCAGUGUCAACGAGUCUAUCCCGGCUAUCGCCUCUGCCAUACAAUACAUCUCCAUAGAUCACAUUUUCGAACUCACCUGCACCUCUGGACGAGGAUGCUUUAUCAUCAAACGCGACAUCAAAGAUGCUUUCCGCAAUAUCCCCGUCGCACCGGCCGACCGGCCUCUCCUAGCCUUUUCGUGGGAUAGCAAGACAUACAUGGAAUGUUGCCUUCCAUUUGGUCUUGCAACUGCACCCUUCAUCUUUAAUCUCUUUGCUGAGGGUCUCAACUGGCUUCUGACUGCCUACUUACCUGGGGCCUCUAUCGUCCAUUACCUUGACGAUUUUAUCACUGUUUUUCCUCCUUCUGUAGGAGAUAUCUCUCAGGCUAUCGUCGAGUUCAAUACCGUUUACAUUCCUCUUACAGAUGCACUAGGCAUCCCAAGGAAUAACACCAAAGACGCCGCGGGUACCGUGGUCAAUGUGCUUGGGAUCGAAAUCGACACAACACUUCUACAGGCCCGCAUGCCUCGCGAUAAGCUAACACGCGCAUCUUCCGAGGCCGCGUCGCUAUUACAGCAAAAUCGUGUUUCGCAUAAAGCCUUGCAACGUGUGAUCGGUUUCCUCCAACACUGCUCAAUGGUCAUUCGUCUUGGCAGACCCCGCCUCCAGUCGCUCUACAGCGACCUCGCAUCUUUCCCACCUCACCAGCGCUCUCUCCGCCGCCUAUCCCAUGAUAGCCGCGAGGACCUCGCGUGGUGGACGGACACAAUCCCGUUUUUCAACGGAAUCCAUUUCUUUAAGAAGAGCCGCCCCCUAGUUGCCCUCUACACAGACGCGUGUGACUCCGGUCUGGGCCUCUUCUUCUUUUUUGCGCCCUCACGGGACUCCGCCGGAGACUGGUUGUCUGCAGCACCUUACCUGCCUUCCACUCACGCCGCUAUUGUGGACGCCUCCUCCGUCUGCGCUAGCGAGGCCCACAUCAACACCAAGGAGGUUACCGCAAUUCUGCAGGCCUUCCUUCUACACAGCCUCCAUUGGGCUCAUCAUCGUGUCCUCGCUUUUACGGACAGUGCCGUCGCGUUCCAUGGCCUGUCUAAGCAGGCACUCCGCGGGCCGGCCCAUCGCCAACUGCUCAUGCUUUUCAGUAUAGCAGCCGCCCUUGACAUAGAAAUCCAGCCACACUGGCUACCUUCAUCAGAAAACCUGCUAGCUGACGCAUUAUCCCGUUCCGACUAUGGUUCCAUCGCUGACAUUUGCCCACAGUGGACGAGCUCCUUUCCCUUGCUCCGCCAGCCUGGUUCUCCAGCCAGCCUAUUUUCGUGA